UGGAUAUGAUCAUUAACACAUCCAUGAAGUAGAAGCACAGCCGAAGUGGCGUUCAUUGCUUCUGGUUCAGUUUGAAAAGUUGAUUUUAAAAAUUUUAAUUGUUUGUUUUGUAGUAAAAUUAUAUCCGAUUUUGAUUCAUGAUAGUGACAGCAGUAAUUUAGACAAAACGAUCAAAAAUGGCAGUCAAUUCAACGUAUAUGAUCACAUUCGGGAUAGUGUUUAUCGUCGUCGCUGUACAAAUGGCCUAUAGCAUCAAAUGUUGGGAAUGCCGCUCCGACUCCGAUCCGAAGUGUGCCGAUCCGUUCGACAAUAGUACUCUCUCGAUCACAGACUGCAGGCAGGUUGAAUCGAAGGAACAUCUACCGGGCGUGAGGGCAACUAUGUGCCGUAAAAUUCGUCAGAAAGUUCAUGGAGAAUGGCGUUAUUUCCGCAGCUGUGCUUUCAUGGGUGAACCUGGCAUCGGAGGGGACGAACGAUUCUGCGUGAUGCGAAGUGGAACCUACAACAUCUUCAUGGAGUACUGUACUUGCAACAGCAAGGAUGGUUGCAACAGUGCACCUCAGUUUACUCCAACGAAAUGGAGUGUGACGAUUAUUGCGGUGCUGAGUAUUAUGUUAUACCGUAUGUUUUAGUAUUUCUUCUCUUAGGUCUAUUGACAGAUUUAGCACUUUUUUGAGUUACAUAAUCAUUCCAUUCUUCCGAAUAUUGGAUAAGAUACUAAUGGUCAUCUUGCGAUCAUGCGCCAUCUUUUCGACUAAUGUUAUCAUAGAUUUUGAAUGUAUAAACAAUAUCUAGGCCAUCUCAGAACUCACUAAUCCGUCCAAAAGUGAACUUAAGCAAUUUUAUACAUUUUUGAAUCUGAUUAGAGUAAGUAUAUUGCGAAUGUUAUAUUAUUAGGUCCUGUAGCAGCAUCUGUUAAUAUAAAAAUACUAUAUUGCAUUUACAGUUAAGAGUUUCUAAUAAAACACUUAUUUCUCGAAA